CUUCUUACUAGUUUUUCUCAUCGUUCACUACUAAAUAUCACAUUUGAACAAUGGAUUCGAAAAAGGCAAUCCUCAUGCUAGGCCUAUUGGCUAUGGCUCUUAUUUCCUCAGUGAUGUCCGCUAGGGACUUAACUGAAACUUCCACUGAUACUAAAAAGGAAGUUGUUGAAAAGACUAAUGAAGUAAACGAUGCCAAAUAUGGAGGCUAUGGUGGAGGUUACAACCACGGUGGUGGUGGUUAUAAUGGUGGAGGUUAUAACCACGGCGGUGGUGGUUACAACAACGGUGGAGGUGGUUACAACCAUGGUGGUGGUGGUUACAACAACGGUGGAGGUGGCUACAACCAUGGUGGAGGAGGUUACAAUGGUGGUGGUUACAACCACGGCGGAGGUGGUUACAACCACGGUGGAGGUGGUUACAACCAUGGCGGAGGUGGUUACAAUGGUGGUGGAGGCCACGGAGGUCACGGUGGAGGUGGUUACAAUGGUGGAGGAGGUCACGGUGGUCAUGGUGCUGCUGAAUCUGUUGCCGUGCAAACUGAGGAAAAGACUAAUGAAGUAAAUGAUGCCAAAUAUGGUGGUGGUUACAACCAUGGUGGAGGUAGUUACAACCAUGGAGGAGGUAGUUACCACCACGGUGGAGGUGGUUACAACCACGGUGGAGGUGGACACGGGGGACAUGGUGGAGGUGGUCACGGUGGUCACGGUGCCGAGCAAACUGAGGACAAAACUCAAAACUGAUCAUAAUGAUAUCUAUCUUCAUGCACCAUGUACUCUUUCUCAGUAAUAUAUUUCAUGAAUAAAAAUAAUGUUGUGUGUUGAUAUAAUGGUGUAUUUAUCUAUCUUGCCACUAUAUAGUAUAGAUAGAUAUUUCUUCGGGAGAAAUCAUGUAUAAAUUUGCAUCAGACUAUGUAUUUGUAACGAUGAUUAUUAAGCUUUUCCAAAAAAAUGAUGAAUGCGUUAU